AUGACUCUGCAAAACUCUUGUAGUGCCCGACUAACGGUUACAAUAUACCAGAACAAUGUCGCUUGCACCCUAGAUAGAGAGGCGACAGUGCAUCACGUGAAACACGUGACAAUCACCAAAACAGAUGAAUUCACCCGGGCUGACAGGUACUUUAUCUCGCUCGCCUGCAAAAGUACCUCAAGUCUUCAUCACACCUGCAACACCGCGCUAGUCCCACAACCGCAUCCACCACCCACUGUUCGUGUAUCCUGCAUCCACCAACCUCAACGCAUCUUCCUUAUAGCAUCACCGAUCGCUGUACUACCAACCCUAGGAACAGCUCACGUCGGAAUGUCGAGCUCCCAUGCUGCUGAUGGCCGCGCGGCUUUCCAGAACGUCGCAGAUGUGCUCGGAGAUCUACUGCCCCAGCCUCGUCCGACGACAACUGGCGAUAGCGGUGUUUCUGCCACGAACUUUCAAGGCACUCGGCGGAUGUUCAAAGAGUGCUUGGCUGAAGAGGCUAGGAAGUAUUUAGAGCUGGUCUUGCGCGAAGAGAACCGUGCGGCCUCUGUCCAGUCCUCCAAUCGAUCUUCUCUGGUUACGACACAGUCCAAUGCCUCGUCAGUUCAGUGCGUUGCCUCGUCAGCCUCGUCUGUAUCUCUAUACCCCGAACCCAACUACGAGCCCGUCUCCAUCCCUCCGGCGUACUCUCCCGUUCGUCCAUACAAACCUUUCAAAUACCGACUGCAUCGACCCCACGAUCCUGGCGCCGGCUCUGGGCAUUCACCACCAGGUAAGCAAGACACCCAACAUCAGCUUGCCCAAGCCUUUCCAACACGUACAAUCAUAGGACCGCAUUCGUCUUUUGUCAACCUGGUGCCCUCUGGAAUCGUCCCAAAUUGGUACGUCUUCGAGCUAGAAGGAGCAGUUGAGCUCCUUCGUGAGCAACUUGAGGCACUCAAGAAGACGUCGACCGAGCAGGAGGAGAACGCGGUCAUCAUGACCACGCAUAUUGGCCAUAUGCAGCAAGAGCUCCGCGAGAAGAAUGGCGAGCUUGCUAUCCUUCGAGGGCAGGCCCAGAAGUUCCCGCAGCAACUGUCAGAUAUGCAAGAUCAACUCACCAUGAGCGCGGGAUAUUUGAAUGCUACGCGCAUUGAGCUUGACGACGCUAAAGACGAGAUCUGUGGUCUCGAAGAGGAAUUGGUGGAGCUCCAGAAACAAAAAGAUGAGGAGAAUCACAAGAAGGAUCAAGAGAUCGCCCGCCUUCGGAAAUCUAACCGGAUGUUCAUGGCGCUUUAUAAGUCAGAGAAGGACCGUGCAGACAUGGCGACCGAGCAAGCAGAGAACCCUACUAUCAGCACGAGCUGUAUGUUGGUUAUGCAGCAAAAGGUUGAGGAGAAAGAUUUCCAAAUUGCUCAACUUCAAGAACAACUCUGUGCCCUUCAAUUUGAGAAUGGCAGCCUCAUUGCAUCCAAGGAUGCAGAAGUCAAGUGUCUGCACGGAGUGCACUGGGGCUAUGUCCAAGACGAGCUCCGAGAGUGCAAACCAGUCAUUCCGAAACCCAAGGUCGUUCAGUUUUUAAAUCAGGAGAACUACGAAAACCUUCCCGUUGGCUACAUAGUGGAAAAUAGUCUCCCGGUCGUCAAGUACGGCCGCGCGCAAGUCUUGACGGAAGAGAAUGCGCCUUAUACUGGCCCCAUUCGCCCAGCGACUCCACUAACCCAGGAAAAACUCCAUGGAAACGAGGAACAGAAUGCUCUGCUCAAACAGUUCUGGAAGUGGCGCAACCCAGUCGCUGAAGGUCUGGACUUUCCAGAUGUUAUCGCGGAACACUUUGAGACAUUGAGGCAGGGGAAUCUUAAGCAGGAGCGCGAAUACGAGACCCAGCGUCAGCGAAUUGCCGCUGAGAAUGAUCGCAUCUAUUCGAUGUCUCUUCCAUCGACCCCUGUACACUCCCCCUGUUCAUCCCCAGUCCUCAGCCGGCGGGAAGACACCUAUUACCCAGAUUACUCCGAGCUGCCCGUCUUUCCAGAACUACAACCUCGCACCGAGCGCGUGUGGUCUGUAGAAGAGCUGGAGAACGCGUACAAGCUCCGUACAAACACUACCACUGAGGUGCCAUUUUCAGGACCAGCUCCAAUCACACCUAAUACAACCCGCCUUCGCCGAAGCCAGCUUGCGGGACAGCCGUAG